CAAACACUGGCGGCAGAAUUUGCUUUGGCUUAGGAAUACCACUGUCUCACAGGAGUGUCAGUCAGAAUUCCACAGCCAUUCUUGGACACUAGGAGGUGGGGCGGACUGAUGUACAGCAGUGAUUUGACCCAGCACUUGGGGCAAACACAACCAGAGUCUGCGGUGCUAAUUCCCUGGUCUUCCCAACGAGCGUUUUGAAAGUGCAUUAACAUUUGUGGCCUUGAACUCUUUCGUCGGACUUCCAACGAUAGCUUUCAAAUGAUUAGAAGAAUUGAUUCUUUCUGAGACUCAUCAGUUCAUUUCCUGUAAAAUUCAUGUCUUGCUGUUGAUUUGUGAAUAAGAUAGAACCAGACGUUGUAGAAAACACCUUAAUCAUAUCCAGGAGUUUGCAAGAAACAGGUGCUUAACACGAAUUCAUCUCCUGAACAAGAAAAAUGGGCUGUGAUCGGAACUGUGGGCUCAUCACUGGGGCUGUCGUUGGUGCCGUCCUGGCUGUGUUAGGAGGUAUUCUAAUGCCAGUUGGAGACUUGCUCAUUGAGAAGACAAUUAAAAAGGAAGUUGUCCUUGAAGAAGGUACAAUUGCUUUUAAAAAUUGGGUUAAAACAGGCACAGAAGUUUACAGACAGUUUUGGGUCUUUGAUGUGCAAAAUCCACAGGAAGUGAUGAUGAACAGCAGCAACAUUAAAGUUGAGCAAAAAGGUCCUUAUACAUACAGAGUUCGUUAUCUAGCCAAGGAAAAUGUAACCCAGGACCCCGAGAACAACACAGUCUCUUUCCUGCAGCCCAAUGGUGCCAUCUUUGAGCCUUCACUAUCAGUUGGAACAGAAAACGACAACUUCACGGUUCUCAAUCUGGCUGUGGCAGCUGCAGCCCAUAUCUAUCAAAAUGCAUUUGUUCAAGUGGUACUCAAUUCACUUAUUAAGAAGUCAAAAUCUUCCAUGUUCCAAACCAGAAGUUUGAAAGAACUGUUAUGGGGCUAUAAGGAUCCGUUUUUGAGUUUGGUUCCAUACCCUGUUAGUACCACAGUUGGUCUAUUUUAUCCUUACAACAAUACUGCGGAUGGAGUUUACAAAGUUUUCAAUGGAAAAGAUGACAUAAGCAAAGUUGCCAUAAUUGACACUUAUAAAGGUAAAAGGAAUCUCUCCUAUUGGGAAAGUUAUUGUGACAUGAUUAAUGGUACAGAUGCAGCCUCGUUUCCACCUUUUGUUGAGAAGAGCCAGGUUUUGCAGUUCUUUUCUUCUGACAUUUGCAGGUCAAUCUAUGCUAUAUUUGAAUCCGAAAUUAAUCUGAAAGGAAUCCCUGUGUACAGAUUUGUUCUUCCAUCCAAAGCCUUUGCCUCUCCACUUGAAAACCCAGACAACCAUUGUUUCUGCACAGAAAAAAUUAUCUCAAAAAAUUGUACAUCGUAUGGUGUGCUAGACAUCAGCAAAUGCAAAGAAGGGAGACCUGUGUACAUUUCACUUCCUCAUUUUCUACAUUCAAGUCCUGAUGUUUCAGAACCUAUUGAUGGCUUAAACCCAAAUGAAGAAGAACAUAGGACAUACUUGGAUAUUGAACCUAUAACUGGAUUCACUUUACGAUUUGCCAAACGACUGCAGGUGAACCUGUUGGUCAAGCCGUCAAUAAAAAUUGAAGCAUUAAAGCGUUUGAAGAGGAACUAUAUUGUGCCUAUUAUUUGGCUUAAUGAGACUGGGACCAUUGGUAAUGAGAAGGCAAACAUGUUCAGAAGUCAAGUUACUGGAAAAAUAAACCUCCUUGGCCUGAUAGAAAUGAUCUUACUUAGUGUUGGUGUGGUGAUGUUUGUUGCUUUCAUGAUUUCGUAUUGUGCAUGCAGAUCAAAAGCAAUAAAAUAAGCAGCAAAUGAUUCUUCACAUUUAUGCAACAACUAUGUCAUGACCUUUGGUAAUACCGACCUACAGCAUGAAGAUUGGAUAUGCUUUAAUUUUACAAAACACACCUUAUCUUUUAGUUGAAGAAAUGGUGGCACUAUUUUUGUUUUUUGCACUAAGCAACAGCACAUUUUGAAAGGAUUGAGAUGCUACGAAAAUCUCUACCUGGCACAAAAAAAACCCAGCACCUUUUAAAAUUCAUCAUUUUCACAACUGAAUUGAUUUCAGUUUCUAUAGACCUGGCUCAAGCACCAACCAGUUUCUUUGUAUUGUUCCGAUUCAAUAACUGGUUUCUGGGUGGCCAAUUCAGAAGAAGAGUGGACAUUCUCAACAAAUCCUAGGCCCUGCAUUCCUGUCUUCCUCAUCCAGGGGAAAACACUGUCACCCUAGUAGCUGCUCUAUUCCACUGCAACAGUCUCCAGGCCCAUCAGCAUAUUGCAUUUCCUGCGCACCAAAUAUUUUGAAAGACAUUUAUAAAUAAUUGGCUUAUGACUCACUAAUUAGGUAUUUAUCUGCGAAUUCCUUCAUACAGCAACAGCAGGUAUCAUAACCCUUUUUUUACUUUAUAAAAGUAUGGUCUUAUCUAUUUUGUCACUGAUCAUGCAAAUGGACAUCAUUUUAGUACAGUUUAGCUUUUAUAUUUUAAAGACUUGGUCAUUUUCUGUGUUGUGCGACUCUUCUGGAAAUAUGAGUAAAUUUUUCUUUUUUUUUAUUCAGUUGCAACUUACGCUUGGCAUCUUCAGAAUGCCGUUCUAGCAUUGAGAUGUAAAUGAAGGAAUUAUUGUAUGAAAUAUUACCAAGAGUAGAAAUGCAUUGUUAUUCAUUGUAAUAUUUGUGGCCAUCAUAAUCACCUCAUAAAGACUGGUUUCAACCAUUAAAAUAUGUUUUCCCUUAAA